CGGAGCCAGGGGGGCUGGGAGCGGGCUGGAGGCGGAGUCUGCGCCGGCGCCAGGGCCCGGGCGGACGGGCGCUCGGCCAGCCGCGUAAACAGCGCCGGAGCGCCGCGGCCGAGCAGGGAUUUCAGAGUUGCAUCAGGCUUCAGUUCUGACUGAGAAACCGGAGGAGUGUCUGCCAGCUGCUCUGUUCUCCAGGAGCCAGGACAAAUUCUGAGAAGUGGCAUUUCAGGACCAAAAGGCGCUUCCCGAGGCAGGGCCAUGCUCACGUUCAUGGCCUCUGACAGCGAGGAGGAAGUGUGUGACGAGAGGGCGUCCCUGAUGUCAGCCGAGAGCCCCCCGCCACGCUGCUGCCAGGAGGACAGGCAGGGCUUGGAGGACGGAGAGGGUGCCGACCAGUGGAGAGGCCAGGAUAGCGAGGACGACUUUGACGAGGACCCUGACCACUACGUCUGCGGGGGGGUCCCGGGGCAGCCGUCAGGCCUGGAGGAGGAGCUGACCCUGAAAUACGGGGCGAAGCACGUGAUCAUGCUGUUCGUGCCGGUGACGCUGUGCAUGAUCGUGGUGGUGGCCACCAUCAAGUCCGUGCGCUUCUAUACGGAGAAGAACGGACAGCUGCCCUAUGGAGCAGGCAGGGAGCAGAGUCUGCAGCCCGCCGUCUCCCUCAGCAUCUACACACCAUUCACCGAGGACACGCCCUCCGUGGGCCAGCGCCUCCUCAACUCCGUGCUCAACACCCUCAUCAUGAUCAGUGUCAUUGUGGCCAUGACCAUCUUCUUGGUCGUGCUCUACAAAUACCGCUGCUACAAGUUUAUACACGGCUGGUUGAUCAUGUCCUCGCUGAUGCUGCUUUUCCUCUUCACCUACAUCUACCUCGGGGAGGUGCUCAAGACCUACAACGUGGCCAUGGACUACCCCACGCUGUUCCUGACGGUCUGGAACUUCGGGGCGGUGGGCAUGGUGUGUAUCCACUGGAAGGGCCCCCUGGUCCUGCAGCAGGCCUACCUCAUCAUGAUCAGCGCCCUCAUGGCCCUGGUGUUCAUCAAGUACCUUCCGGAGUGGUCCGCGUGGGUCAUCCUGGGUGCCAUCUCCGUGUACGAUCUCGUGGCUGUGCUGUGCCCCAAAGGGCCACUGAGAAUGCUGGUGGAAACGGCCCAGGAGAGAAACGAGCCCAUAUUCCCUGCCCUGAUAUACUCCUCCGCCAUGGUGUGGACGGUGGGCAUGGCCAAGCUGGACCCCUCCUCCCAGGGAGCCCUUCAGCUGCCCUACGACCCAGAGAUGGAGGAAGACUCCUAUGACAGUUUUGGUGAGCCCUCGUACCCCGAAGUCUUUGAGCCCCCGCUGCCUGGUUACCCCGGGGACGACCUGGAGGAAGAAGAGGAAAGGGGCGUGAAGCUCGGCCUGGGGGACUUCAUCUUCUACAGCGUGCUGGUGGGCAAGGCGGCGGCCACGGGCAGCGGCGACUGGAACACGACGCUGGCGUGCUUUGUGGCCAUCCUCAUUGGUCUGUGUCUGACCCUCCUGCUGCUGGCCGUGUUCAAGAAGGCGCUGCCCGCCCUCCCCAUCUCCAUCACCUUCGGCCUCAUCUUUUACUUCUCCACGGACAACCUGGUGCGCCCUUUCAUGGACACCUUGGCCUCACAUCAGCUCUACAUCUGACGGCGGGCCGGGCGCCGUGGGCUGGCGGCCCCGGGCGGGUCGUGACGGGUGCCCCCCGCGUAGUGUCCCGGUCUAGUGCCAUACGUCUCUGAGACUUUUCUUUCCUUGACGAGAAAGAAAGAGAAGGGAGUGUCGUGUUCACUUGGCGAAGAGGAAGAAGCAGCUUUUUGGCUCUAGUUGUUUGGUCACUGGAGCACGGCUCACCGACCGAGGGACCGAGGACGGCCGUGUGGACGAAGACGGUGUGGCGAGGCCGCCCGGCCCGGCACCACAGCCCGGGGUGCUCCGCGGGCCAAGGCGAAGGAAGGGACCAGGAGUCCGUGCUGGGAUGGCGCUGAGCACCUGCCCGCUGUGGCUGCAGAAGGAAGCCAGCGUGCCCUGCGUGGAAUGUCCCCAGUGCUUCUGUCUGUGACGUCGUCGUUAUUUUAUUACCUUUAGAAGCCGGGUCCUGUUCUCGUUCCGGCAGUUACUGCUGUGAAGUGGCUUAAUAUCAAAAUCAAUAAAUAAGUGAAUCCUGUUGGAAUGCUGGAUUCGGUCCGUUUCUAAGCGCCGAGCCCUCCCACCCCACGCGUCUCGUGGCCGCUCGUGGGAGGACGUGUGCUCCCGGCUCGGAGGGAGGACGCACCCAGGAGAGGGGCUAACGGCCCCGUCUGCAGUCAUCUCUCCAGGUAGCUUCCUCAGCUGGGGUGUGCGGGGCGAGGGGCGCCCGACGGCCCGGAGCUCGGACGUGUGCGGGGCUGCUGGCCCUGGGCAGACCCCCCGCGCUGGCCCCGCUGUCUUGUCACCAAGAGCAGCAGUGCGGUGCCUGGAUGAACCAACGUGCCCUGGGGCCGCACUCGAGAGCCCCACUGUCAUCCCUUCUGCGGCCACCUCGGGGUGCCAUGAGGGGAGAGUGGACUGGCCGGCGUCUCCCUUUCCCCUCCGCAUCAUCCCGGGCCACAGAGAGAAUCUCAGCGAAGCUUCCGGCCGGGCCCGAGCCCUGGGGCAGCCGAGCAAACACAGGCCUGUGGGUGCCGUCCUGACCGCGGCCGCGUGUCCUUGUUCCUGAAAUGACGUAGGUGCCCUGCAGCUGUGUAUUUGUCGCGAGAGAAUAAAAUCGUGUAUUUCGA